AUAAUGUAUUUUUAGAUGACAUUGAAAAUUCUUCAACAAAUUAUCAACCAUUCAAUAAUCAAAAACUCGAAAUUGGAUCAAUCGUUGAUUUAUCUAGUAUAAUUUUUGGCGGACAAGGCAAUAUUGAAGAAUCUGCAACAGUGCAAGAAAAUAGUAAUAUGGAUUUUGAUCCUUAA